GAAGCAGGAGACUUACAGCUCUGUGACUUGGAGAAUUUUGACUCCGUCUUCAGCAGGUGCCUUGUUCUCUCCCAGCACAAUGCCUUACAACUUCUGCCUGCCCAACUUCAGCUGCCGCUCCAGCUGUGCCUCCCGGCCCUGCGUGGCCCCCAGCUGCCACAGCAGCACCCUGCCUGGGGCCUGCAACAUCCCUGCCAAUGUGGGCAACUGCGGCUGGCUCUGUGAGGGCUCCUUCAAUGGCAGUGAGAAGGAGACCAUGCAGUUCCUGAAUGACAGGCUGGCCAGCUACCUGGAGAAGGUGCGCCAGCUGGAGAGGGACAACGCGGAGCUGGAGUGCCGCAUCCGGGAGCGAUGCCAGCCCCAGGAUCCCUGUGUGUGUCCCAACUACCAGUCCUACUUCAAGACCAUCGAGGAGCUGCAGCAGAAGAUUCUGUGCAGCAAGUCUGAGAAUGCCAGACUGGUGGUGCAGAUCGACAAUGCCAAGCUGGCCUCAGAUGACUUUAGGACCAAGUAUGAGACAGAGCUCGGUCUGCGGCAGCUGGUGGAGUCAGACAUAAACGGCCUGCGCAGGAUCUUGGAUGAGCUGACCUUGUGCAAGUCCGACCUAGAGGCCCAAGUGGAGUCCCUGAAGGAGGAGUUGCUGUCCCUUAAGCAGAAUCAUGAGCAGGAAGUCAACACCCUGCGCUGCCAGAUUGGAGACCGCCUCAACGUGGAGGUGGAUGCUGCCCCCACUGUUGACCUGAACCGCGUGCUCAACGACACCAGGAGUCAGUACGAGGCCCUGGUGGAGACCAACCGCAGGGAUGUGGAGGAGUGGUUCACCACCCAGACUGAAGAGUUGAACAAGCAGGUGGUGUCCAGCUCUGAGCAGCUACAGACCUGCCAGGCAGAGAUCAUCGAGCUGAGACGCACAGUCAACGCCCUGGAGAUCGAGCUGCAGGCCCAGCACAACCUGAGAGACUCUCUGGAGAACACGCUGACAGAGACCGAGGCCCGCUACAGCUCGCAGCUGUCCCAGGUGCAGUGCAUGAUCACCAAUGUGGAGUCACAGCUGGCUGAGAUCAGGAGUGACCUGGAGCGGCAGAACCAGGAGUACCAGGUGCUGCUGGAUGUGCGUGCCCGGCUGGAGUGUGAGAUCAACACAUACCGGGGCCUGCUGGAGAGUGAGGACUGCAACCUCCCCUGCAAUCCCUGUGCCACGACCAAUGCAAGUGAGAAUUCCUGUGUCCAGCAUACUCGGUGUGGACCUUGCAAAACCUUCAUGUACUAGAGCUUCUGGUGUGAGGAGGAGGAGAAGGGCUCCAUGGUUUCAACUCAUUCCAGCCUUAUCCAAAUUUCUCCAGUUGUCACCACAUUUUAGAAGGAAAAAUCGUCUAUUAGCACUAACUUCCAAGUGUCAGCUCUAGUCUUACACUGAGUUCCUGGGCUUGAUCCUUUCACACAAGACUGCAAGGUCUACUCACCACCAGUGUGCCUUCUGAGUCAGAGAAAGCUACAAUAGGAUCAAAUAAUAUCUAUUAUCACAGUGGUACAUUUGCACAAUGUGCUCUGCUUUCAUAGAUACUUAUGUAAGUAUGAUUUAAAAAAUCAUUACAGAGUUGAUGGGCUCACUAUGAAAAUGGAUGUAGUUGGAAGAAUUUUUUCAUGUCAAUUUUUCCUUCCAUGGAGAUGCAUAUAGGCCCCUUGUUAACCUCCCAAUAAACUCUUCUGCAAAAAAAAAUAAUAA